CCCGUGUUGAAAUCAUCCUCGUCACUCAUCUCUCUUCUCAUCUCAAUUCCUGCCUUUCAAUCCGUGCCGCACAACGCCUCCCCGGUUUUGGAUGCCAUUGCCCCACCUGCAUUUCUUUUCCAUGGGAUCCGAUGUUUGUCUAUUCACCUUCCUCACUCUGCCAUCCCAUGGCUUCUACUAGCGCUGCGUUGAGCUGUGGACAAGAAAUUGCACCUACGCACUUCGUUUUGGGCCCUUCUGCUGCCUUUGUCGCGGUGCAAUUUUGAAGUGCUUUGCCUGUGCAACUCGAGACCACUUCUUGUGGUUUAUACUUGGGGAGCAUUCUGACGCUUUCAAAUUAGACUUCCUUCAAAGGUUUUGCACUUCCUCUUUUAAACCUUGAAAGUAAUCGUUAAGAAAUACAUAUAUGAAUAAAAAGACUGACUGCAUUAGAUAAUACCAUUCUCUGCCUUCUAGGAUCUCUAUAUCGUGGGAAACAUUAUAUGUUGAACAGUGCAUUUUAUACUUUAGAAAUUUCCCAAUAAAAGUCAAGAUUUAAGAGUGUAGAUAGGGCAAGGCUGUGAAGAAGGGAAGGCAUGGCGGGCGUGGAGCAGAUGAAGAAGAAGCUCUUGCCACUCUUGAACAUGGAUUCAAAUCUCGCGCCGGGAAUGUCCAUUGACGCAUCUGCUUCGUACAAGGUGACAGAUGGGGGCUCAUUGAAUCUCCUUAGCAGGUCAUGUGCUGAGUAUAACAUCAAUGAGCUUGGACUACAGAAACGAAAGUCAUCAGCACCAGAUGCUGCUGGGGAUGCUGGGGAUCAAGAGAAGACAUAUCAGUGUGCAUCUAGUGAGAUGUGUGUUUUUGGAGCUAUUGGUUGGGGAGCUAGCAGUGUGGUCCGCAAGGCCAUCCACAUUCCAACCCAUCGUAUUCUGGCUUUGAAGAAGAUCAAUGUCUUUGAGAAGGAGAAGAGACAACAGUUGUUGAACGAGAUUAGAACACUUUGCGAGGCACCGCGAGUAAGGGGUUUGGUAGAGUUCUAUGGAGCAUUUUAUUCACCAGAUAGUGGACAAAUCAGCAUUGCCCUUGAGUAUAUGGAUGGUGGCUCCCUUGCUGAUAUUGUGCGCACGAAGAAGUUUAUACCUGAACCGAUCCUCUCUGUUAUUACUCGCAAAGUAUUGCAGUGUGCCACUUUUGUAGGCACGGUGACGUACAUGUCUCCUGAAAGGAUCAACAACGAGUGUUAUUCAUAUCCAGCGGACAUAUGGAGUCUUGGACUAGCAUUGCUAGAGUGCGGAACUGGUGAAUUUCCAUACAGUGCAAACAAAGGGCCAGUCAAUCUGAUGCUUCAAGUUAUGUACGAUCCAUCACCGUCACCUCCUGCUGAACGUUUUACUCGGGAGUUUCGGUCCUUUGUGGAUGCCUGUCUUCAGAAGGAGGCAGAGGCCCGUCCAACAGCGGAACAGUUAAUGUCUUAUCCUUUUAUAAAGAAGUACGAGGAUCAGCAAAUAGAUCUGGCGGGAUUUGUGCAAAGCGUUUUCGAUCCAACUGAGCGACUUAAGGAUUUAUCAGACAUGCUUACAGUACACUAUUACAUGUUGUUUGAUGGUCCUGAAAUGCGGUGGCCUCAUAUGAAGGGUCUCUAUUCUUCAAAUUCCACUCUUUCGUUUGGCAAUCAAAUUGUGACUGGGGCUGAGGAGAUAUUCACGACUUUGACCAACAUCAGGAAUAUGUUGGCCGGUGAACGUGCUGAAGAGAGACUAGUGCAUGUGGUCGAAAACUUGCAGUGCUGUGCAUUUGCAAAACGUGGUGUGAUGAUUCGUGUCUCAGGAACUUUUGUGGUCGGAACUCACUUUGUGCCAACAGGUGAUGGUGUCCAAGUGGAGGGUGUGCCGAGCAGUUCGUGUAUGGAUGUUGAGAAGCGGCGAAUUGGUACUUUCAAUGAACAAUUUUGCAUGGAACCAGGGGAGCACAUAGGGUCGUUUUACAUACUAAAGCAAGAGCUUCACAUUCAGCAGUAGGAGAUGGACGUCUUCUCAUUGCUGGUUUCAUCCACUUGCGUGAGGCUCAAGCAUGGGCAUUGCAUCUGUGCUGACCGCCAUCUCACACGGAAGGGAAACAGUUUCCGAUGUUGGUGUGUAGGGUCCAUCUUUAAAUUCUGAGGUCCCACUGAUGGUAGCCAGAAUGGAUGAGCCUUACGCUGGGUGCGAAGCAUCAGCUGGAAGAACUCGUGUAUGAGAGAGGAUCUUUGUAAAGAGAUGACGUAGGGAUGUUGGAGGUCGAAAAGAAGCUCGACUUGCCCAUCUUUGGAGGGGUUUCCAUCGGCUACUCUUGGCACUAAACCUUGAUGUACUAUGAGUCCUCCCUUCCAUUUUUCUAUAGUACUGUAGAGCAACAGGGAACAGAAAAUGGGAGGUAGUCUUGUUAUUGAGGAGAUUUAAGUUGUAGAUUAGGUACAGAUGUGCAGAUCUUUGCUGGGGCUGUUGGAGUUGAAGCUCAUUUUCCCACAUUCCCCUAUCCGGGAUGUUGAUACAAAUUCUCUUUAAGCUCGGCUAGACAUUUUUGUUACUGUGAGGGGAGUUAUUAGCCACUGAUGUUGCUAUGUCAAAUUGUCGUACACGUGUCUUUCUUUGCAGUCUUUAUUUUCACCUUGCUCUUACUGCAGAUGAUUGUAAAUGACGCCUUGCAUAAUAGAGAAAUAAUCUACUUGGUGUA